UUUCUGUCAGUCCCCUUUGGCAAGCUUCUCUACCAUGAGUAGGCAUGGGAACCAGUUAAAGAAAGUGUCGAUUCACUCGAGUAAACGCCGAGAACUCUGGCUUUUGUCUGCGCUGAAUGUGUCCGGAAAGGCAAAAAAGAGCGAGAUUCUGCUCUGGGGUUUCUCAUCCCCAUGGCGGUGUGGUAGGUGCUGACAGCCUCAGAGAGUGAACUAGAAGGGCACAGAGAAAAGAGCACGAGAUGAGUCCGCUGCAGUCGUGGUGAAGAUGAAAAGGUCCCAGGGUUUGGGUCUGUAACUAAGAUUCUAACUGAAAAUUAAGGAAAAAGGAAAACACAAAAAUUAGCAAUUCACCUGGAACUUUGAACUGAUAUAAAACUCCCUUGGAUGUGCUAAAGGACGAAGAAAGAAUGAGCUAUUACGGAAGUAGUUACCGAAUUGUAAAUGUGAAUUCCAAAUAUCCAGGCUAUCCCCCAGAGCAUGCUAUGGCUGAGAAGAGAAGGGCAAGAAGGCGCCUGCUCCAUAAAGAUGGCAGUUGCAACGUGUACUUUAAACACAUUUUUGGAGAAUGGGGGAGCUACAUGGUUGACAUUUUUACCACUCUUGUGGAUACCAAGUGGCGUCACAUGUUCGUGAUAUUUUCUCUGUCUUAUAUUCUCUCCUGGUUGGUAUUUGGCUCCAUAUUUUGGCUCAUAGCCUUUCAUCAUGGAGACCUGUUAAAUGAUCCAGACAUCACGCCUUGUGUUGACAACGUGCAUUCGUUCACCGCAGCAUUUCUUUUCUCGCUCGAGACCCAGACCACAAUAGGGUACGGUUACCGGUGUGUCACAGAAGAAUGCUCUGUGGCCGUGCUGACGGUCAUCCUUCAGUCCAUCUUAAGUUGCAUCAUAAACACCUUCAUCAUUGGAGCAGCCUUGGCAAAAAUGGCCACCGCCCGGAAGAGAGCCCAGACCAUCCGCUUCAGCUAUUUUGCACUCAUUGGUAUGAGAGACGGGAAGCUUUGCCUCAUGUGGCGCAUAGGUGAUUUCCGACCAAACCACGUGGUAGAGGGUACAGUGAGAGCCCAGCUUCUCCGAUACUCAGAAGACAGUGAAGGGCGGAUGACUAUGACCUUUAAAGAUCUCAAACUCGUCAAUGACCAGAUCAUUCUGGUAACCCCAGUUACCAUCGUCCAUGAAAUUGACCACGAGAGUCCUCUGUAUGCCCUUGAUCGCAAAGCAGUGGCCAAAGAUAAUUUCGAGAUUUUAGUGACUUUUAUCUAUACUGGGGAUUCCACUGGGACAUCCCAUCAGUCUAGAAGUUCCUACGUCCCCAGAGAAAUUCUCUGGGGCCAUCGGUUUAAUGAUGUAUUGGAAGUGAAGAGAAAGUACUACAAAGUGAACUGCUUGCAGUUUGAAGGAAGUGUGGAAGUCUAUGCCCCCUUUUGCAGUGCCAAACAACUGGACUGGAAAGAUCAACAACUCACCAACUUGGAGAAAACAUCCCCUGCCCGAGGAUCCUGCACCUCUGAUAGCAAUGUCAGGAGGCGGUCCUUCAGUGCUGUUGCCAUUGUGAGCAACUGCGAGAACCUUGAGGAGACCGGCACCUCCCCACCAGAUGAGUGUAAGGAAGUCCCUUACCAAAAAGCUCUCCUGACUUUAAAUAGAAUCUCCAUGGAAUCCCAGAUGUAGCCCUCCUCCUUCAGCCCCUUCCCCAAAGGCACAACAUUGUUAGUGUGAUUUUUAACAAAAUGUUACACCUGUCCUUUGCAGCAGCAAUAGAAAGCACAGCAGGUUAAACCUGGUAAGUGAUCAUCUAAAAAUACCACAGCUUUCCAGCAUUAAAAUUUGGCACUGGUAGCAAAUUUUGUAUUGGGAAAACUAUUAAGAAGCUUAAUUGAUUACACUUAAUCUCAUUAUGGCACACCCUUGUAUCCUCUCUUGAAUGUGAAAUAUUUAGGAGUGGGAGAAAAGAGGCUGCUGGAAUAGAUAAAGAUAGAGACAGGUGAGCUAAAUAUUUACAUUGAUAAAAUAAUUAUGGAACGAGAUCUUAUAAUAAUAUCUCAUAACCUAAGCAAAACAAAUAAGACAUAUCUCAGCACAGAAACGCGAGACAUGGAAGUAAAAUGAAGUGUGGUUUGAGGUCCCGUAUUUGCCUGUCAUGGUGUCUUGGUAGCAGCAGACAGAUGUGGCUCUAAGAAAUUGACAGUGACAUCAAGUCACAGACUCCUUUUAGUGAGACUUGCCUAAAGUGUUAUCAGUGAAUGCUAGAAGCUAACCAUGUGACAGAGGAAGCAGAGGCAUCAUUAUUUGGAGAACUAUUUCUCUCUUAAAUACCUUGGUUCAACCAGACGAAUGGGGAACAGAAGUGAGGGAGUGGCCCUUCCCUGUGCUCCCCAGAGAAGUCCUCUGUGUUCAUACACCUACUGUUCUCAAGCAUUUGGGUGGGAUCCCAGAGAUGGGUGCAGCAGUGAGAGGCAGCUGAGAUCUGAGAAUAAAUGCUGUUCACUGCUGAUCCUGAGAGGCUACAUGUAGGCUGAGAGGAAUUAAAAGAGCUAGAAUCUUCUCUAAAGGCAGUGAGGUCUUGCGUAUGGUGACUUGGCUACAAGCAUGAUCCAUUUUGUGAAAUAGAGCAAUGAAGUUAAUUUGAAUGUGUAUUAGAGGGAUAAACUGAAUAAUUUAGGAAAUGCUUAAAUUUUAGGACAAAAAUAAAUGCACGUUCUGUUAUCGUGUUAAAGGAUUAAGUUAAUUCCUGACUCCUUUUAGCAUGAACCCAGUCUCAGAUACUACUGUAAGCUUUAUAAACUGAAGAAUUAUUAGCUAUGGCUUGGCAUGAUUUGUGUAUUUUUUCCACUGUUUCUGAGCUAGGAAUGAGUAUAUGAUACAGCUGCUGUUUAAUUUAAACACACAUACAUUUUCCUUUUUUUCCAGCGAUCUCUCUUUUUCUACACAUACACACACACACACACACACACACACACACACACACACACACCACAGUUACUCAGAUUUGAUCUCAUAAGUAGAAUGAACUGAAUCACACAGUCAAAGAUUACCAACUGCAGCGAAACAAAGAGGUAUUGAAGGACUCUCCUUUCUUUUGUAAUUUUCCUUUUUUCUCCCUCUUCCAUUUUUCUUUGCUUCUUCCUGUAAUGUAGGAUCAAUACAGAAUACCAUGUACUUUGCAAAUGCACAUGUAUAAGUAAAUCUUUCAACCCUGAUAUCUUAUAAGAAAUCUGCUCAAGGGGCAAGUUAAAAACUGCCCUGAAACUUAAUAUCUGUGACCAAAGUCACGUUUAACCUGCGCUGCUUAGGAAUGGAAAAUCCAUUAGCUAAAUCAAACAAUAUACUCAUGUGUUACACACACACACACACACACACAGACAGAGAGAGAGAGAGAGAGACAGAGAGAGAGACAGAGAGAGACAGAGAGAGAGAAAGAGAGAGAGAGACAGAGAGAGAGAGAUACACACACUUGGAGACAGAGAGACAGACACAGAGAAUUAGGCUUUUUAAAAUAGCAAUGGCUUCUCUAAAUUAGAAUAUUUACCAUUUCCAAGCCUAGAAAUCAUAACCACCAUAACAAUGCCUUCCCCACCAGUUUGAAUUUGUUUCUCUAGAAGGCAGGUACAUUCCAUUGCACUGUAUUUCCUUUGCUCUGUCUUCCCAUGAUGCCUGCCAUUGAAACGGGGGUGGGGGGUGGGGAUCAUUGAUGUUUGAUUAAAUCUAUUCUGUUGCACUAUGUGUUCACACACAGGAUGGAAUGAAUGGUUGGCAUUCCCACGUCCCGUGCAUCUCUAAUCGCCUGUGCAGAUGUAUAGCAUGCUUAAACAUCCCCCAAUGGCUUACUUAACAAUAAAGGUCUUAGAGUGAUGCAAAACAAUGUGUAUUUCCCUCUGAUUCCUGUAGCAUCAACUGUAUGGCUUGAAAACAAGAAUCUUGUUUCAUACAGUUCAUGA